GCAGCACAAAUUCGGUCCCCAGUCAGGUAACCAUGACGUUUGAUGACGUGGCCUUGUAUUUUUCGGAGCAAGAGUGGGAAAUCCUGGAGAAGUGGCAGAAGGAAAUGUACCAGCAAGUGAUGAUGGCCAACUAUGAGACUCUUGUCUCUCUAGGCUGCCUGUUUUCCAAGCCAGACUUGAUCACUUGCAUGGAAGACGGGAAAAUUCUGUUCAGGUACCAGGAACACUCAGAGGAAUCAGGAAGGACACAUAGCCCCUCUGUGGAUGAGCGCUUGAACUUGAGGAACGCUCGAAAGUCACCUUGUUUUGGUGGCCUCGGAACUCUCAGGACCAAGGAAGGGCAACGCCAGCUCAGUGGUCUCCAAGAGCAGGACUCGUGUGCGGCCUUAUCAGAGGAGCGCGGAAAGACCUUGCCAGCGCGGCCGCUCGGUGACCCGGCGGGGAAGCAGGCCUUCCUGUGCCAGAGGCAGCGGUACCGCUGUGGCAUGUGCGAGAAGAGCUUCUCCCGGAGGUCCACCAUGAUCGAGCACCAGGUGGUCCACACGGGACAGCGGCCCUUCCGGUGCCCUGAGUGCGCCAGGACGUUCCGCUAUAAAGGCACGUGGAGGAGGCAUGUGCGUUUGCACAACAGAGAGACCCCGUUCUCCUGCCAGGAGUGUGGCAAGGCCUUCCUCCACGAGCACAGGCUCACCGAGCACCGCAGGGUGCACACCGGGGAGAGGCCUUUCCAGUGCGGGGAGUGCGGGCGGCGCUUCACCAGGAUGGCCUUCCUGAAGCUCCACCAGAGGACGACGCGUCACCAGAAGCCCUUGGCCUCCGGGGAGAAUGGCAAGGCCCCGCCCCCGCCCUCUAAGCUGCCGUGCCGGGGCCGCCAGAAGGAGCUGUCCUGCGAGCAGUGCAAAAAGACCUUCACGAAGAGGUCAUCCCUGGUGCAGCACCGCAGGGUCCACACCAAGGAGAAGCCCUUCUCCUGCCCCGUGUGUGGCCGCAGCUUCAGCCGGCGCACGCAUGUCACUGUGCACCUGAAGGUCCACAGCGGGGAGCAGCCCUUCCAGUGCCCCGAGUGUGGCCGGCGCUUCCUGUGGGCGUCCUGCCUAAAGCUGCACCUGCGCAUGCACCGGGGCGAGCGGCCCUUCGCCUGCGGCCAGUGUGGCAAGACCUACACUCAGCGGUCCCAGGUCGCCGUGCACGCUCGGGUCCACAGCGCGGAGAAGCCCUUCCAGUGCCCCAAGUGUGCCAAAAGUUUCCGUUUCAGGAAAAACCUGAGUAUCCACCUGCACCAGCACGAAAAGCCCUUCUCUUGCGUCAAGUGUGGCAAAGGCUUCAACCAGCAGCACCGGCUUGUGAAGCACGUUUGUUCUCACACCGGGGCCAAGCCCUUCCCGUGUCCCGAGUGCAACACGGGCUUUUGCUCAAGGGCAAGCCUGAAGGCCCACUUGGACACGCACAGUGGAGAGAAGCCCCUUAGCAGCGCUAAGUACAGCAAAGUCUUGCCCCAGAAGAGAAGCUUGAAGACCCACCUCUACCGCCCCAGCGUGGAGCGGCCUUUCUCCUGUGAGGAGUGCGGACGCAGCUUUACGUACCUGGGCGCGCUCACCAUUCACGUCGCAGCGGUGCACGCGCCGGGCCCGGGCCCUCCGGCGGUGGGCGGCGGGGACAGCGUCUCGCCGCUGGCCUUCGAGGAUGUUGCCAUUUAUUUCUCGGAGCAAGAAUGGCAGGAGCUGCAGGCAUGGCAGAAGGAGCUUUACAAGAACGUGAUGAGAGCGAAUUACGAAAUUCUCCUUUCUCUAGGGCUCCGCGAGCACCUGCGCGUGCACAGCGGGGAGCGCCCCUUCCGCUGCGCCGACUGCGGCAAGAGCUUCCGCCUCAAGGCCAUCCUGAAGGCGCACCAGCGCACGCACAGCCGCGAGCGGCCCUUCCCCUGCGCCCAGUGCGGCAAGGGCUUCCAGCGGCCGUCCAAGCUGGCCGAGCACCUGCGCGUGCACAGCGGCGAGAAGCCCUUCCAGUGCCCCGACUGCGCCCGCGCCUUCCGCCUCAAGGGCCAGCUGCUCAGCCACCGGCGCCUGCACACGGGCGAGCGGCCCUUCCAGUGCCCCGACUGCGACAAGCGCUACCGCGUCAAGGCCGACAUGAAGGCGCACCAGCUGCUGCACCGCGGCCAGAUGCCCUUCUCCUGCCAGUGCGGCAAAGGCUUCGCCAAGCAGUCCAAGCUCGCGGAGCACGUGCGCACGCACACGGGCGAGAAGCCCUUCCGCUGCGCCGAGUGCGGCAAGAGCUUCCGCCUCAAGGCGCAGCUGCUCAGCCACCGCGGCCUGCACACGGGCGAGCGGCCCUUCCGCUGCCCCGAGUGCGGCAAGAGCUUCCGCGAGCGUGGCCACGUGCUGCGGCACCAGCGCAUCCACAGGGCCGAGCGGCCGUUCGCCUGCGGCGACUGCGGCAAGGGCUUCAUCUACAAGUCCAAGCUGGCCGAGCACGUCAGGGUGCACGCGAAACCCUGCCGCGCCCCGAACGAGGCCGAGGUCAAGAGGCUGAGGCUCCGCCAGCUGUUUGCCAUGAUCGAGGCCGACUGGAGCUGAGGCCCGGGCCGACACGCAGAGCAGCGCCGGCCCUCGGCCGCCGGUAGAUUUUGGGAAGCGGGGCCUUGCUUUGAGCAGGGCUGUGAGGAAACAAAGGGGUUUCUCUCUCUCUCUCUCUUUAAAAAUAUUUUAUUUAUUUAUGCAUACAAGAA